AUGGAAAAGGAAUCAAAAAAACGGAAAAAGCAUUCGUCACCCGGUGGGGGGAAGGCCCCCCAGAAAAAGAAGGUGAGGUUUUCGAACGUAGUAGACAAGGCUCCUGAUUCACUAUGGGACGAAGAUGCAGCAGCAUCACCGGAACAUGGCAGUUUGAGCAGUUUGCGGGAAAGCAUUAGUGCUUGGAUGCAGCAACAGGCGGAAAGUAAUCAAGCGGAUCUGAGCGCGCUUUUGGAACAGAGUGAUAAUUUGGAUGCUCGCGAAGAAGAUAUUAACAUAGCAAAGAUUGAGAGACCCCUGAGAGAAGUACUUCGUGGCUACACGGAGACAGAGAAACGCAAAAGCAUCAAGUUUGAAUGCGAAUGGCGCAAAUGUAAAUACAUGAGCGGAACUGAACGUAAAUAUUUCAUGCACGUCGAAUCGCACGCUGAAAUAACGCUGGACACGCGGAACGGAAGCUAUGCAUGCGAGUGGGAUCUGUGCGAUUUCAUCACGCAGGACGAGGGCGUAUUCAUUGGCCACGUGCACUAUCAUGCAUACCACACGAAGUUAAAGGUGCACGGUGCCAGCAUACAUAUGCUAAUGGAGACUCCCAGCUGCAACAAUGACAGCCGUGUGCGGAACACCAUCGCCAACCGGCCGGUAACGUUUCGGUGUGACUGGGACGGUUGUGAAGAACGCAUCAAUAAAGCGAUGAACUUCUUUCAUCACGUGGGGAACCACGUAACGGAACAGUAUGAACCGGGUAAGAAGUCAAAUAAAGUUCCGAUCGCGUGCCGAUGGUCACUCUGUAAGCUGUCGUUUCGGCAAAUGGGAACGGCAUUGCGACACGUAAGAGCGCAUACAACCGAGCGAGAGAUUGGGUGCUACAACUGUGGUACUCUCUUUUGGUCGCGUAAGAAGUAUAUCGAACAUUGCGUACGACAGAUUGAAAUAAGUCAACGUAAGUAUCAGUGUCCGGUAUGCGAUCGAAGCUAUGCUACAAAAGCAUUGCUGAACAAUCAUUUCGAGCGCCACGAUAAACCGCAUGAAUGUGUGUUGUGUCCCCUCAAGUUCAGCAGUGCCGGUGUCCUGGCACAGCACAUGGCCCAGAGGCACAUUAAGCAGCGUAACUUCAAAUGCCAGCGGUGUGAAUACUGUGCGUUCAACAGAAAAGAUCUAAUGGUCCACAUGAGAAAGCACGACGAAACGAAAGUGUUUCGAUGCGAGGAGUUUGGAUGCAAUGUCGCCUUUAGGUCGGAACUUUCCUUGAAGAAGCAUAUCAGCUGGCAUUACAAUCUGCCAGCGACGGUGUACGCGUGUCACCUUUGUGACGAAAAACGCUACAGCGCCACGAACGUAUUAUCGAAGCAUUUGCAGUUUGCGCAUGGACUGGAACGACCUCCCGGUCAUUGGCGAUACCGGUACAAAGCCGACAGUGACGGUGUGUUUCGACUUGCAUCGUAUGUUGAACAGAAAAGGAAAACUGCACAAACGAACGAAGCCCCAAACCAUACAGCGGUCCCAACCGACGAAGCUGGGAAUAAUGUUGAGGUUACCAGUGCUAGGAAAAGGAAAUCAAAGCCUAGCUCUCAACUAGGCAAUGCAACGGAAAAAAGCGAUACAGAUUACAAUGGAGCUGGGUAUACUCCGGUUAAAGGAAACCCAACAAUCACGUCUUUAAAACCAAUUGGUUUGCAUCAGUUUUCCGUUGAGUUGAAUAUCGAACCGGUGCCGAAUUUGAAACAGGAUUCAACACCAAAACCACAAGCUGCUGCUGUUUCUGUUGCGACAGAGCCGAAAGAUGUGAAGGAUUUUAAGGUUACGGAGCGCUAUUUGAGAGAACAGAACUUGAUUAAAUUCAGAAAUUUACUGAGAAGGUAA